CGCACUGGGUUGCAGACCCCGAGUCGCGAUUUUUUGAAAGUAAAGCUACCUUUUUUUUUCUCUCUCUCUUUUUGUUUUAAUCUUUUCAUGACCUCCGAUGAAACCGCUACACAAAACUCAUCAACUCAAAUCUCCCGAGUUACCUUCUUUGAUUCAGUCCCCACUGGUUCAUUAUACCACAAUGCUCAAAGACAAACUGAAGCUCCCCGAUAAAGCGCAGCGAGUGUUUCCUGAUCGGCUCGGGAGCUUGGUUUCCGGAGAAUCGGAUUCGGCAUUUGAGGUGGGUGAAGAGCUCGAGAUUUUAGUACCAAACACGUGCGUGUCGGGCGAGGAGAAUGAGGUCGAUUAUGCUAAGAAGAUGGAAGAACAACGUGAGUCAGGGGUCCGGCAGAGAGCUGAAAAGGAAGGGGCGGGCCUGGUUUCGGUUAAGGAAGUUAUUGCAGCGGAUGACAAAAGGUCUGAUCUUGAAUAUGAGUUAUCUCAAAAGGAGAUAAAUUUGGAGAAGUUGCAGAGAAUUGCUGACACAGGGCUUCCUGAGGGAGGAGGCUUGCGUGCAACAGUUUGGAAGCUGCUCUUGGGUUACUUACCUCCUUCGCACGACUUAUGGGAAAAGGAGCUGAGGGAGAAUCGAGAAAAACAUUCCAAGCUAAAACAGGAACUUCUGUUGAGUCCUUGCCUAAUGGUGACUGUCACUAAUCAAAAUCUUAAAUCUAGACAGUCAGAAUUGACAAGGAUUAAAGAUGAAUCACUAAAGUCCAAUGAACACAGUGCUGACAAUGAUGCUGAUGGACUACUUAGGCGACAUGAAAUUUCUCAAGAGGACCAUCCUUUGAGUCUUGGUAAGGCUAGCGUUUGGAAUCAGCACUUUGAGCAUACAGAGAUAUCAGAACAGAUAGACCGUGAUUUACAGCGUACACAUCCUGACAUGAAAUUCUUCUCAGGUGAAACAUCAUUCAGUAGGAAAAAUAGGGAAGCAAUGAGGAAUAUUCUUCUCCUAUUUUCAAAACUAAAUCCUGCUAUUCGCUAUGUUCAAGGCAUGAAUGAAGUCUUGGCACCAUUAUACUAUGUUUUCAGUGCUGACCCUGAUGAACAGAAUGCUGUAAACGCCGAAGCAGAUAGUUUCUCUUGCUUUGUUCGACUCUUGAGUGACUCAGUGGAUCACUUUUGUCAACAAAUGGAUCACAGUGCUGUUGGUAUCCUGUCAACUCUUUCCCGGUUGUCAGAGUUAUUAAAAGCUAACAACGAGGAAUUGUGGCACCAUCUUGAAAUAAAAAAUAAGGUUAAGCCGCAAUUCUAUGCUUUCAGGUGGAUCACAUUGCUACUUACUCAAGAAUUCAAUUUCCAUUCCAUCUUAAGAAUUUGGGAUUCUUUUUUGAGUAAUCCUUUUGGUGUCCAGGAUAUGCUGUUACGAGUCUGCUGUGCAAUGCUGUUGUGCAUACGAAGCAGGCUUCUGAGUGGUGAUUUUGCAGCUAAUUUAAAGCUUUUACAACACUAUCCUGAAAUUAACAUAGAACACCUUCUUCAGGUAGCCAGGGAUCUGAGUCCCUAUACAUCUUCCUAUAGCUUGUCUCUGUAAAUUUCUUGCUGUAAAAGCACCUUGUGUCUACAAACUCCUCUCUUAAUUGUAACAGGGUUUGUAAUUAUGAACCUUUAUAGCUUGAGUUUGUACAUUCUAACAAAAAGAAAUUUUAAAUUUAGUUUUUAAAGGAAAA